AUGUCCGCUAAUUCUGGAAAUGGCGGAGUCAGGAACCUACGGGCUAUGUUCGAGAACAAAGGCGGUGAUCAAUCUACAUCUCCACCAAGCCGAGGCCGAUCCCCCAAUCCUUCAGAAUUCUCAAACGGUAGCCGACCUGUCAGCAAAGUUAGGGCAAGCUUCGUCGCUGUGGAAAGACCUGGCGAGAACGGCGGUCCUCCUAUCCUCGGUCUUAGAAGGGCCAGUGAAGUCAGCAGCCUAGGUGGCAUUCAAGAGAACGCAACAAUGGACGCCGGUCAUCUUGAGAGGUCUUCUUCUGUCAGGACAGAUGCAGACAUUAGGCAUGACGCUCGCCCGCCCUACGGAAGGGCUCAAUCUUCUACCAAUGGUACCCUGGAUGGUGGGCUAGGCAAGAUACUCAAGGGCUCUGCCUUUGCCGAAACUCCGUCAAAGGUUCCCAAGACCACUUCAGUCACCUCGAAUGCAAAGAAUCUGGGUGAAGCUCUGUCUUCCGGAAGACUGCAGAACCCAACUCGAGACUCUCCAUCCAAAGAAAACGGAAGCGCAAACGCAGCCACUAUGGUCAAGAACAUGAAAACUGAUGGCAGAUCCGGUCCUCCUCCACCAACAACCCUGCAGACCACAAAGUCCACACAGCCCAUCAAACCUCCUCCAACCAGACUGGCAACCAAGUCAAUUCCUAAAUCCCCCGUAAUCUCCAAGCCUUCUCCGAAAACUCCAACCUCACCAGUAACCAGUGUCAAAGGAGGGCCUGCAAAAAUCAGAGGUGUCAUGGAAUCAGCCAAGCAAGCUCAACAAGCUAGAGUUGAGUCAAAACCAACUCUGAAGCAAGAGAAAGCUCCCACUGCGCCCAAGCUGGAUACAAAGACAAAAGCCAAGUCGACAAGUGAGGUUACAAAGAAGGAAAAAGCCCCAGCAUCACCACAAGUAGCGAGAUCAUCCAAAAUUAUCAGGGCAAAGUCUCCCACAAGACCAUCAAGACUUCCGACUGCUGCAACAGCAAAUACCGCUUCAUCAGCUGCCAAGGACACACAUUUGUCCCCUACCGAGCCUGAUUUCCGCAAACCAGUCACAAAGAAGUCUUCGACUUUGUCCAUUCGACAACCACGCGCGAGUGUUUCAUCCACCACCUCCACAUUGGGAAAGAAACCUUCCCGUGCUUCGUUGGUUAACGGACACGAUAAGCAUGAGCGACCCAAAUCUCGAGUCAGCGUACAAGCAAGCAAGCCUGAUGAAGGCUUCUUGGCCAGAAUGAUGCGACCGACUACAAGUAGUGCUCAGAAAACACACGACAAGGUUCAAGUUAAUAGCCCUCCGCGUCCAAGAACUUCAACUUCGCAUAGACCCAAGGAUGUGACAACAAAGAAAGCACCACCGCCACCAAAAACGCAGCUCGCAAAGCCACAGAUGGUGACCAAUGAGAACGAGGCAGACAAAGCAAGUCACGAAGAUGUGUUUUCGCCGGACGAAACCGUGCAACCACCUCAAUUAGACGUGGAAGAGAUCAAAGAAGGUGAUGCACCAGUCGCAUCUGAGAGUAAGAUCGAAGUGCCGCAAGAGCCCAUCGAAAAUACUCCUUCUCUGGACCCAAACGAAGGUACAGCUACUGAGAAAAUCACCGACGAUAAAAUCACAGCAGAGGAUAAAGAAGAGCUACCCACGCCCACGCCCACGCCCACGCCCAUUGAGGAGGAAUCGCAUGUGGCGGAAGUCAAGGAGGAAGUACCAAACCAAACACCAAUUGAGAAUAUUUCCACUAUAGAAGAAAUUCAACCCGAGUCACCUAUAGAAGGAGUGGAGGACAGACCAGAGCCGGUUCAAGAGAAUGCUGUGGCAGUCUAG